GGACAUUGUAAAUUCACUGUUCUUGGCAUGAUCAGAUUCUGAAGAGAUCACUGUGGUACCAAGUCUUCAGGAUGACAAUGCUGACUCUUUUGCUACCUGCUCUGCUGGCUCUCAGAGUGCAUGCUAUCUUCAAAGUGGAUGUUCCUGAGCUACCAGUGGUGGCGCUCUAUGGGAUGGACACCACACUCAACUGUUCCUUCUCCCCUGUCACCCCCUUCAACCUUAGUGACCUCACUGUAUUCUGGCAGCUGACUGACACCAAGCGAAUGGUGCACUCUUUCCGGGAUGGGCAGGACCAGCUGGUGGAGCAAGGGGACAACUUUUCCAACCGCACUAGCUUGUUUCACACCAAGCUGAGCUCUGGCAAUGCCUCUCUCCUGCUGCGCAAGGUGCAGAUUGCCGAUGAAGGGAGCUUCACCUGCUUCGUGAGGGUCGAGGACUACAACAGCGCCGCUCUGCUGGUUCAGGUCGCGGCCCCCUACUCCAGACCUGAGGUGACCCGGGAGCCGGACUCGAACCUGCGCCCAGGCGAUGAGGUAUCCCUGAGCUGCGUGGCGUAUGGCGGGUACCCGGAGGUGGGUGUGCUGUGGCAGGACGGGCGCGGGCGCAACUUGACAGAAAAUGUGACCACCUCCAUGGUGGCCAAUGAGGAGGGGCUGUUCAGUGUGCGCAGCGUCCUGAAGGUGGCAGUGGAGCCCAACAGCACCUACAGCUGCAGACUGUUCCACCCCCUGCUGGGAGAGGACAGCUACGCGUCUGUCACCAUCACAGCUCAGAACAUGGCGUUCCCGCCGGUAGCACUAUGGGUGACCGUGGGCCUUGCCAUAUGUCUGCUGGGUUUGCUCAUCGCCCUGGCAGUUGUCUGUCACAGGAAGAUCAAAGAGAGUGAGGCGGCGGAGGCAGCUGGAGAAGGUAAAGAGCUUGAAGAGGAUGAAUCCAAGACAGCUAUGACCCCACUGAAGAGCUAAGGAACCCAGGUGUGAGGGACUAGCGGUGAUCACCACAUGCCGUGAUGAAAAACACCCUGUCUUUCGCUUGUUUUUCACAAGGCACUGAACAGAGACUAAUGAAGAUGAGUUUUUGCCUUGUGUCUUUCUUAUUCUGUGUUCCACGAAAAAAGCCUUGCUGAAUGCACUGUACUCGGAGAAAGUGAAGAAACGAGAAAAUGACCUGAUAGAAAUAGCUGUCGGUGUCUCUGUUUUGGUUCUGUACCACCCCAUAUCUCCUAUGAUUGUCCAGUAAUGGCUACCCUUGAAGAAACCUGUAAUUGUCGAUGUGUUUCUGCAACUGUAUCCAAUAACUUGGAGGAACUGAAAAUGAAUGAUAGUUAAGCUUGAACAAAUUUCACGGGAGAAACCCAAGGCUUCUUAGUGUCUCAGUGUUAUAGUAUUAAUAAGUAGUGAUUUCAAAGAUGGGCUUCAUGAGCCCUGUAACAGAUGAACCUACCAUGCACUUUCAACCAUUGACUCCUAUGAACCAAUCAGAAGGUUGAUGUACAGAGCAAAACUUUUGAUGAGAUAUCCACUUUCUGUUUGUGGUUCUUGAAGCUGUACUGUCCCAUUGCUGUUACAAAGUUGUUUUUUUUAAUGAAAAAGGUCAUUUUCAAUCUUUGUUCUUUCUAUGCAUUUUAUACAGGUACUGUAUUCAAUACUGUGCCCCACUUUGCAAAGAAAUACAAUUCACUGCCGGGUCUUCUUUGAAUGUGUCUGGAUCUGAAGUCCUUGUGCCAAAUGUCAACCAUGUCAAUAAUCCAUAAAA